CAAAGAACUGAGACCAGCGAUCGCCAUCAGGAGAACUCCACUGGCUUCAGGAUGAAGACAUUCAGGGUUGCAGUUGCAGUGGCAGUCGUGCUCACAGUUAUUUGUGUUCAGCAAACCUCUACUGUCCAACUCACAGAGGAACAAGAGCUGGUGGAGCCAGUCAGCAGUGAGGUUCAAGCUGCAGCUGAGGAGACGGCAGUGGACUCAUGGAAGACGCUGCACAACGUGAGGCAGAAACGUGGAACCGACUGUCGUUUCUGUUGUAACUGCUGCGGAAUGAGUGCCUGUGGAAUUUGCUGUAGAUUCUAA